CUGCAGCGAAAAAUCUGCAGCGGAAAAUCUUCCACAAUGCAGUGGGUCGCAUGCUUUGCCUGCGGGCGUCAUGCACACCAUGCACAACUUUCUCGUCAUGCAGGGGACGACCCCUAGCAUCCCUUAUCUUAUCACGAUAGACCCCGCAUCCGACACAUUAUUGUGACGACCUUUUUUUUUUUCCUGACGGAAUUUUUUCGUGCCCCCCCCUCGACUUGGUUCCCAGACUGCUUCACCACCGGCAAGAUGGAUCGUCAGAAGCUGGCCGCGCUGCUCCAGGAGAGCCAAGUUCCCGACACGGAAAAGGUCAAGGCCAUCACGGCCGAGCUGCAAAAGAACUACUUCCCGCACCCCGAAUCGCUGCUGGCCCUGCUCGAGAUCGUCUGCGUCCACAGCGAUGUAGGCGUCAGGCAGCAGGCGUCGGUCCAGGCCUCGCGCCUCGUGGCCAAGCACUGGCCUAGCCAGACGGCCAAGGACAAGGAGGACGUGCGCAAGCACCUGGUCGAGGCCGUCAUGAAGGAGCAGAACGCAAAGUGCCGCCACUCCAUCUCGCGUCUCAUCUCCAACAUUGCCAGUAUCGACUUUGCCGAUGGCGAGUGGAAGGAGCUGUUCCAGGGCAUCUUCCAGCUCGCCGAGAGCGACAACGUGGGCCAGCGCGAGGUCGGCUCGUACCUGAUCUACGCCACGCUCGAGUCGGACCCCACGCACUUCUCGGAGCAUCUCGCCCACCUCUUUACGGCCCUGCAGAAGCUGAUGCAGGACCCACAGAGUCUGGAGGUGCGCGUUAACGCCGUCAUGUCGGUCGGCUGCGGCCUGCUGCUUGUCGACACGGACGACGAGGAGGACGCCGACAAGGUGGCCCUGAUCCAGUCGCUGGUCCCCCACAUCGCCGACGUGCUGCGCGCCGCCGUCCAGGCCGCCGACGACGAGAAGAUCAAGCAGACCUUUGAGACGCUGCAGCAGUUCCUCGCCUACGACUCGUCGCUGCUGGGCAAGUACCUCAAGGACCUGAUGCAGUUCACCAUCGAGAUCGCCGCCAACCCACAGGCCGACGACGAGGCCCGGUCCCAGUCGCUGAGCUUCCUGACCCAGGCCGUGCGGUACCGCCGCAUGAAACUGAUGGCCAUGGGCGACCUGAUCAAGGUGCUCGUCGAGAAGUGCCUACAGAUCCUGACGGAGCUGGACGACGACGACGAUGAGGACGAGACCACGCCCGCCCGCGCCUCGCUCGCCCUACUGUCGCAGCUGUCCAGCGACCUGCCGCCCCGCCACGUCAUUGUGCCGCUGCUCGACCAGUUUGCCGCCUUUUCGUCGUCGCCCCAGGCCAGCCACCGCAAGGCCGGCGUCCUCGCCCUGGGCAUCUGCGCCGAGGGCGCCCCCGACUUUGUCAACACCCAGAUGAAGAGCAUUCUGCCCAUCGUCAUCGGCCUGCUCAAUGACCAGGACGUCGAGGUCCGCCACGCCGCUCUGAUCGGGCUGACGCGCCUGGCCGAGGAGAUGUCCGAGGAUGUGGCUGCCGAGCACGAGGCCCUCGUCGGCGCCCUGCUCAAGAACCUGCAGGCCGCCGUGACCGAGAACACCGACGACAAGUCCAAGAAGAAGAACACGGCCGUCAUCCGCUCCGUCUGCGCCGCCUUUGACGCCAUGUGCGACGGCGUCAAGCCCGAGGUCAUGCACAAGUACGGCCCGCAGCUGCUCGACCCCAUCGGCAGCCUGCUCGUACACGAGGACGCCCGCGUCAAGAUUGCCGCCGCCGGUGCCCUCGGCGCCAUCGCCACGUCCAUGGCCGACGAGUUCAAGCCCUACUUUGCCAAGAUCAUGACCGCCCUGGCGCCCUACAUGGCCGCCAAGGAGACCGAGGAGGACCUGACGCUGCGGAGCGGCAUCUGCGACGCCAUCGGCCGCAUUGCCGUUGCCGUCGGGUCCGAGGCCUUCCAGCCCUACGUCGAUGACCUGAUGCGCAACAGCGAGGAGGGCCUGCACCUCGACAGCUCCGAGCUGCGCGAGAGCAGCUUCAUCCUGUGGUCGCAGCUGUGCAAGGUCUACGAGAAGGACUUUGCGCCCUACCUGGACGGCGUCUUCAAGGCCCUGCUCGACUCCCUCAACGAGGACGACGACGACGUCGCGCUGAACCUGACCGAGGAGGAGCUGGCCAUCGCCGGCGACGCCCUGGAACUGGUCACGGCCGGCAAGCGCGCCAAGGUGCGUGCGGCCGACGCCGACGAGACCCUCAUGGACGACGACGACGAGGACGGUGAGGACUUUGAGGACUUUAUGGAGUCGGCCGAGGCUAUGGAGAAGGAAGUUGCCAUCGAGGUGCUUGGCGACAUCAUCUACCACUCGUGUGGCACCAACGAGAUUUCCAAGUACCUGGAGAAGGCGCUCGAGGCCGUCACGCCGCUGCUCGACCAUCACUACGAGGGAUGUCGCAAGUCGGCAAUCUCGACCCUCUGGCGCUCCUACGCCCGCGUCUGGCAGCUGUCCGAGGAGGAGACGGGCGUGAAAUGGGAGGCCGGCUUCCCGCCCAAGCAGACCCCCAGCGUCGCCCUGAUCAAGCUCGGCGAGAUUGUGACCAAGGGCACCCUGAGCAUGUGGGCCGAGGAGAGUGAGCGCGACGUCGUCACCGAGAUCAACCGCAUGGUCGCCCACACCCUGCGCGUGACCGGCCCUGCCGUCCUCGUCGGCGAGGAGACCCUAACGCAGGUCAUCUCGGCCCUGACUCUGAUCGUCACGCGCUCGCACGCUUGCCAGCAGGACCUCGGCAACGAGAUUGAGGACCAGGACGUGCAGGAGAGCUCCGAGUACGACUGGCUCGUCAUCGACACGGCACUCGACGUCGUCAUCAGCCUGUCGGUCGCCCUCGGCCCGUCGUUUGGCGAGCUCUGGAAGAUUUUCGAGAAGCCCGUCAUGAAGUUUGCCAGCUCCAACGACGCCCUCGAGAGGUCCACGGCCGUCGGCGUCAUUGCCGAGUGCAUCAACUACAUGGGCACCACCUGCACGCCCUACACGUCGCCCCUGCUCAAGCUGCUGCUCCACCGCCUGUCGGACGAGGACCCCGAGACCAAGAGCAACGCCGCCUACGGCGCCGGCCAGCUGGUCCUCAACUCGACCGAUAGCAAGACGUACCUGCCCAGCUUCGACACUAUCCUCUCUAAGAUCGAGCCCAUGCUCAACAUCCCUGCCCCGACGUCUGGCCGCAUCCUCGACAACGCAUGUGGCUGUCUGUGCCGCCUGAUAAUGGCGCACCCCGACCGCGUCAACCUGGACGAGUACCUGCCCGUGCUAGUCGACAGGCUGCCUCUGAAGGAGGAUUUUGAGGAAAACACGCCCAUCUUUCAGUGCAUUUUUAAGCUCUACGAGCACGACAACCAGACGGUCUCCAACCUCACCCCCAAGCUCAUUCCCAUCUUCGAAAAGGUGCUCAGCCCACCCGAGGACCAGCUGACAGCCGAGACGCGCGAGCUGGUCAAGAAGAUUGUGCAGAUCUUGUACAAGGCCAAGCCGGAUCUGUUCCAGGCCCACCAGGCCGUUGUUGGCCUCGCCGCUUGAUUUAUUCCCUUGACAUACCCCUAGACUAGACUUAUGAUGCGUAGGAGCUUGAUCUGCUGGAUAUCAGCUGCCUAGAUGACGUAUGAAUAAAAGUGCUGAUUGAUGUUUAUUUAGCGAACUGGC